AUGGAGGAGAGCAGCAGUUCGCCGUUGCUGGAGAAGAAGUACCAUCCGGGGUGCUCGGGCUGCCCUUACGACCAGAAGAAGGACCUCCAGGAGGGGAUGCCAUACAAGGAGUUCUUGUAUGUCUGGAUCAUCUGCCUUUCUACUGCUAUGGAUUGGAAUUCCGUCCUCCCAACCUGCUUGGAUUUUCUUCUAUAA